AUGGCCGAAGCAAUGGAGACAGAAAAUAGCCCAGAGCAGGGAGAAGAAGAUGAAAUGGAGUUAGAUUGCCCAGCUGCAGGGGUCGGAGAAGCUAGUAGACUGGUGAUUUCCAAUAUCAUAUUUGAAAAUUUUAAGGCAUAUCCAAAAUUUGUUCAGUUCGGACCGUUCUACAAGUCUUUAAACUCGAUUAUUACCUACAAUAGUGGUACUUCGGAUCAAGAAUCCGAUGUUGCAGACGCCAUGCUUUUCGUGUUUGGCUACCGGUCAAAAAUGAUCGGAACAAGGAAUUUUUCUCAACUAAUUCACAAUUCGCCUACUUAUCCUGAUUUCCAAUCCUGUGGCGUGCACGUUUAUUUCCAAAAGAUAAUUGAAGAUGACCCAGAUUACCUUGAAGUAGUACCAAACAGUGAAUUUGUGAUCUCCCGUAAAGCCUACAAAGAUGACUCCUCUGAUUACUACAUUAAUAACUGCAAGAGACCAUUUAAGGAAGUAGCUGCGCUUUUGAGGUCUUCUGGAAUUGACAUGUAUCACAAUAGGUUCUUGAUUUUUCAGGGUGAGUUAGAUCAGAUUGCUAUGAUGAAGCCCAAGGCUGUUUCAGAGCAUGAGGACGGCAUGUUGGAAUACUUAGAAGACAUCAUUGGUUCAAACAAAUAUAAAGAGCCAAUUGAAGAACUUGCGAAAGAAGAAGAGGCACUCAGUGAGGUCUUUGCUGAAUUGUCAAAUCGUGUAAAAACACUAGAAAAAGAAAUGAAUGACCUGCAAGGAUACAAAGAUGAGGCAAUAGCAUAUAUCAACAUGGAAAACAUGAUUUCAAAAAAGAAAAACGUUUUGUAUCAAAAAUAUGCUGAGGAAUGCCUAAAGAAUGAAGGGACAGCUGCCGAGAAGAUCAAUGAGCUUAAAGCAGCAUUUGAAGCAAUCUGCAAAGAGAUGAACGAUUGCUCAGAUCAAAAGAAAGCCAAAGAAAAGGAUCACAAUGAGAUAAAGAGGCAAUAUGAUGAACUUUUGCGAAUUGCUGAAAAAACAAAGAAAGAUUAUUUAGAUUAUGAAAAAGUGGAUGUCAAACUUAGAGAGGACCUAGCUUAUUCCCAGGACAAUGUAAAGAAACUAAAAAUUAGUCUGGGAAAAGAAAAAAUCAAGACAAAAAUAAAAGAAUUAAUGGACAAAAAGAAAGUUGCUAAUGAUGCCAAGUCAAAGGUGGAUGUUGCUCAGAGUGAACUUGAAGUCUACAAAAGUCAAAAUGAAAGUGCAAUGUCCCAUCUUAGAGAAAUGAGGAAUAAACUUGAAUCCGUGAUACAAGAACACCAAACAAAGAAUAGGAUUCUAGAGGUGUUAAUAAAGCAGAAGGAGUUGGGCAAUAUCAAAGGUCAAAUUUAUGGCAGACUGGUUGAUCUUGGUAGUCCCAUUGAUGAUAAAUAUGAUAUCGCAAUCUUUACAUCCUGUGGAGAAGCUCUAGAUAUCAUAAUUUGUGAUACCAUGGAAACAGCUAUAGCAUGUGCAAAGUAUAUUGAAGAUCAUAACCUAGCAACUGCAACCAUGAUUGGUCUUGAUACGAUGUUGAAGUGGAAAAAGGCAUCUUCUGUCAAGAUAGAGACUCCAGACAAUGUCCCUAGAUUGUAUGAUUUAGUACAUGUCCAAGAUCCUAAAAUAUCUCCAGUAUUCUACUAUGCUUUGGGGAACAUACUAGUUGCAGACAACCUGGACAUCGCUUCUAAAAUUGCUUCACAGGGAAACAAACGUUGGAGGGUUGUUACACUAGAAGGAGACAUUGUCGAAAGAGAUGGAGUUAUAAUCAAACCUGGUGAGGAUAUAACUAAACAAUUGAAAGAAAUAGAGCAAGUACUCAAAAAAAGCGCGAACGAAUAUGCUGCUGUUGAGGCUAAAGAGCAGGUAUUACGAGAGAAAGAAGUCGACAUAAAGCAUGAGGUGGAGAAGUUUGAUGGUAUCUUGAAUGAGAACCAUCAUAAAGUUAAACAUUGGAAGAACGAAUUAAGUAAGCUGUGCCUUCAAUCAAUUGGUUUGUCUGAUCAACAAGAGGAAUCCACCCUACCCACCUUAACCCCUGAACAGCUUCAGUGUGUUGAAAAGGAUACAGUCUUUUAUGAAUUUCAAGUUGAAGAAGAGAGGCUUAGACAGAUAAAGCCAAACAUGGCUGCCAUUGCUGAGUACCGUAAGAAAGAAGAAGCAUAUCUUGCACGUGUUCGUGAACUGGACCAAGUCACAUCAGAUCGUAACAAAAAGCGGCAUGAACAUGAAGCCUUACAAAAAACACGUCUUGAUGAAUUCAUGGCAGGCUUUACUUUCAUCACAUCAACACUAAAGGAGAUGUACCGGAUGAUUACCUUAGGAGGGGAUGCUGAGUUGGAGCUGGUUGAUAGUCUGGAUCCAUUCUCAGAAGGCAUUGUGUUCAGUGUCCGCCCAGAGAACGAGACAUGGAAAAACAUCUCAAAUCUUUCAGGAGGGGAAAAAACCCUCAGUUCUCUUGCACUGGUAUUUGCUUUAAAUAAAAUCAGACAAUCGCCGAUUUACUUUACGGGGAAGAUCGAAAUUCAAGAUGAUGUCAACAACAUGACCCAGAUGACCCAGCAGUUCUUCCACGUAAAGGUCACGACGGACAUAUUCGACUUUACGCGGCUCCACACCCAUUCUCCAGAAAGUGGGCCCAUUGGAAAAUAA